AUGACCAUGUUGGGCGCAAGCGAAUAUCCCGCCGUCUACCAGGUGACACAGUGGAUCCUGCCCGUAACGUGGCCACGGGGAGACUGGCCUGGAAUCGAGAGCGCCAUCUCGCACAAGCUCCGCAGGCGUCUCCGGCGGGUCAAGCACUGGGACUUUGCGCACACCGAGCAGGUCCAGAUGUUUGAGUUUGUGGGGUUGCGGACGUGUACGGUCGUCACGCUCAAGACGAGGCUAUGA